GCCGCCGGGCCAUGGCCGGGCUCCGGCUCCCGGCCCCGGAGGUCGCCCGGGGGAGCAGAAGUUUCCGUGGUGGCGGCGAUGCCGCGCUCCGCUGCCGGCGUGCGAAUUUGCAAGUUGCGCUGAAGUAAAACCUUGCAGCUGCAAGUAGAGCCGGUUACCAUGAAGCUUGCCGGAAUUGUCUGCAUCGGGGAACACUAUGGAGCAAUUUUCAACAUGGAGAAGAAACUGGUGUGUGCGUCUGGUCACAGGGGACAUUAUUUCACCGACAGAAAACUCCCAGUGAGUGAGGCAGCAAAUCCCUGGCACCAACUCCCGAGUUCUGGAGCGAGGGGGAAUGCUGGAGCACUGAAGGAUAAAGCCAUGAUGAGAGCAGUGGUGACGGGAGGCGGAGGCUACUUCGGGUACAAGCUCGGAUGUGCUCUUGCCAGCUCAGGAGCUUCAGUUGUUCUGUAUGACAUAAACAAGCCUAUCUGGGAAAUUCCUAAUGGAGUAGUGUGCAUCCAGGCAGAUGUCAGGGAUUAUAAUGCCAUAUUUGCAGCCUGCGAGGGAGCUGACUGUGUGUUUCAUGUAGCUUCAUAUGGAAUGUCAGGAAGAGAGCAAUUGCACAGAGAAGAGAUUGAAACAGUAAACAUCAACGGGACAAGAUACAUCAUUGAUGCUUGCAAACAAAGGAACAUCACUAGACUGAUAUACACCAGUACAGUAAAUGUGGUGUUUGGGGGGCUUCCUAUUGAAGAUGGUGAUGAGGAAACUGUGCCAUAUUUUCCUAUAGAAAAGCACGUUGAUCAUUAUUCCAGAACUAAAUCAAUUGCAGAACAAAUGGUACUAGCAGCUAAUGGAACUCCACUAGCAGGAGGUGGAGUACUCUACACAUCUGUUCUUCGCCCACCAGGAAUUUAUGGACCAGAAGAGCAAAGACACCUGCCAAGGCUCGCAAAGAAUAUUCAGAGAGGGAUACUUAGCUUCAAGUUCGGGGAUCCUUCUGCUCAAAUGAACUGGGUGCAUGUAGAGAAUCUUGUGCAAGCUCAAAUUCUGGCUGCUGAAGCUCUCACUCCUGAGAAGAACUACAUAGCUAGUGGUCAGGUGUAUUUCAUUCAUGAUGGUGAAAAAUUCAACCUUUUUGAAUGGUUAGCUCCACUUUUUGAAAGGUUGGGUUGCAGUAAGCCAUGGAUACCUAUUCCUACAUCCUUAGUUUAUGCAUCAGCCACAGUAAUGGAGCAUCUUCAUCUGAUACUGAAACCCCUGUUUGAGCUGUCACCUCUGCUGACCAGAAAUGAGGUGCAGAACAUCUCCAUCACACACACCUUCCGCAUUGACAAGGCCCGCAGGCAGCUGGGAUACAGCCCCGAGAAAUUCACGUUCGCCGAUUCUGUGGAGCAUUACAUCAAAAGCAGAGCAGAGGCCCGGAGCGAGCACGGCUUCCCCAGAGUGCUGCUAUUCUUCCUUGCCAUCUUCAGCCUCAUUUUUCUGUCUUUAAGAUUCGAUGAGCUUUCAGUUUUGCACUUUUUUAAGGAGACACAGCACUGACUCGCACAGACUGUGUGCACCCUCUGCACAACUGCUCCACGGAACAUCCCCAGCUCCGCAACGCUGAGAGGCUCCAGUGCAACACAUUUAGUUUAAAUUAAAUACAGAAUAAACGUAAACAGCACCAACACUGUAAGUAAUUACAGCCAAAGUCCGUCACCGAGACACGUUUCAGUCACACAUCUUUCCAAACUGACCGCCGAACUGACCGAGGAGCUGCAAAGGGAGCACAGGGCACAGCCCGCAGUGUUAUCGAUGGACGAAAGCGGGGCAGGGAGUCAGGGCAGCAGCUCGGGGCUGCGGGGAGCUGAGGGACAGCGGGGGAAGCACGAGGACCGACCGCUCACGGCUGUGAAUCACACCUGGGGGCUGCACAGAGCUCAGGUGGUGUGAAUUUCCUUUGUGAACUGCUCGUGUCGCUGCGUAUGAAGGAAAAUAAAAGGGAACGUG